ACCAAAAGGAGCGGCCCAGUAUGGUGCAGUACGUCUACAAGAGAGCCCAAACCAAGAAGUGGUAAAAGAAAGACAAUGGAAUUGACCAACCAUCUUACCUUACUAUACGCCAGGUGUUAGCCUGGCAACCGCACUACUGAAUUUGUUCUAUUGACCACCAAUUUCCGCCGAUUGCAUUUUGCACCGCAUCCAUACUGCAAUCACCACCACCAAGAGAAACAAACAAGCUACACACACUUGCUUUUUCUGCAACAUUUUCCAAAGGGGAACAGCACAAGCAGGGGAAUCGGCAGAAAGCUCAACAAUCCGCCGGUUUCAGAAAGGAUGGGAGUAACCUUAUUUUCCGUAUCCACUUUCCCCUUGAGAUGCAGCGGUAGCAGCUUCCCGCGACAAUCAAUUCCUCGCCGUCAUUUGGUCGCCAAAGCAACUCCCGAUGACUCCCAUGAAAGCAGCAACUUUAAAGAUGGGAAAUUGGAUGAUGGGUUUCUUACUAGAAGGUCGGUCGUGGGAUACGGGGUUUCCUUACUGUCGUCCUCUACAGUGUUGGGAGUUACUGGAGAAGGAAUGGCGGUUGUGAAGCAGGGUCUUUUGGCUGGGAGGGUACCUGGAUUAUCUGACCCAGAUGAACAAGACAGGUUGGAGGACAUACAGAAGGCCGGAUGAGAAGUCAGGAGGGCACGGUGUUGGAUGGAGUCCAAUCAUCCCAUAUGCUUUCUCAGUGCCUCAAGGUUGGGAAGAGGUAGUAAAAACUAAUUUGUGAGUUGUAACAGAUAAUGAAUGUCAUUUGAUGUUCAAGUUAAAUCAUCAUAUUGUAAGUAAAAGCUUAGGAACUGUGAAGUCUCUUUAGAAUCCAUUAGACAGAGGCAGCAUCAUUAGUAAGUGGAUUUUUUUGAAAUCCAUUAUUUGCCUCGGUCUAAUUUGUGGCUUGAUGAAUGAUUCCUAAAUCAUAGGCCAUAACUUCCCAAGACUUCAGAAUCCAUAGGUCCACUCCCCCACUUCGUCAUUUAAUAAUGGGAAUCACAAACAAUGCACCAACCAAAACAAUGAAUUUCAAAAUCUAUUUCCUAAAUCAAUCCCAACUUUUAUAUCGAUAUACUUCUCAGUAUCUAUCAAUUUGGAAUCCAUCAAUCAAGUUGAAUCCUUACAGUUUACCUGGUUUGUUUGUUUUGUGUCUAUGAAGGUUCCAGUCUCAAUUGCUGAUCUUGGUGGGACUGAGAUCGAUUUGAGAUUCGCCAACUCCAAGGAAGGACGACUGUCUGUCAUUGUUGCACCAGUUCUUAGAUUUGCAGACUAUCUGGGUGAAGAUGCUAGAAUCGAACAGAUCGGGCCUCCAGAUAGAGUGAUAAGCGCAUUCGGACCUGAAGUGAUUGGGGAGAAUGUAGAAGGGAAGGUAUUAAGCAUGAAUGUAGCAGAACAUGGUGGAAGAACAUACUACCAGUUCGAGCUUGAGCCGCCUCAUGCACUCAUCACAGCAACUGCUGCAGGAAACCGCCUUUACUUGUUCAAUGUCACUGCAAAUGGUCUUCAAUGGAAGAGACAUUACCCGGAGUUGAAGAAGAUAUCUGACUCCUUUCGUGUUGUCUAGUCAGUAGCUUGUUAGAUCUUCGUACAAAGAGAAGAAGAGUGCGAAAGAGUACUUCGAAUCUCUUAGUGUUCUCGUCAUGGAAACAAUUGAGAGGCCAGAAUAUACGGUGCUUAGUAAAGAGUAUGCAAGUUGAGAUACUAUCUGUUACUACAUACUAGCAAUCCUCUUCAUGGCAACUUUGUAGCAAGACAAGGUUUUCAAAGCAUGAAUGUACUAUUUUCUUCUUGCGAUACUACGAAUGUACUGUGUAUAUAUACUAGAUGGAUUCACUCAUUGUUCAUUCUAUAUGGAUUGGGGGAUAUGGACAUUGGUGUACAGAUAAUGCAAACAUUUCCCCAAUCAUACUUUCUAUGUAAAUGAGUGCAGCUAAGAUUGCAUUAAAAUUAUGUCGUCUCAAUUACUAAAUGAAAUCCAUUUACAAAAUAC